CCAUUAUCCGUGCCUGCAAGCUAUAUCAAAGAGUUUGGGACAUGUACCCUUAAAGAUAUCGGAAAUUCUAGUUUGAUUUCUUGGUCUACAAGGAUUUUUUCAAGGUAUACUUCCCAGUAGUAUACCACACAUGGCCGAGCUUUCCAGAGUCCAACCUACAAACCAACACACACUUGCUUGCUCUCAGUGCAACGAUAAUGUUCUUCUUCGUGGGAGUCCAAGACAUCAACCGAAGCCUCAGCUCUGCUGGUGGAGCCCGUGAAUACUGUGCGCACUGCCACAACAAUAAUUCCAUGCAAGCCAUUAGACAUGUGAAGUGCUUUUCGGUGUUUUUCAUUCCAAUCAUACCCAUAUACUGGGACAAGCGACUUAAGUGUGACAUAUGCAACUACCUGGUGAAGAUUGAUAACGAACAGGUGCAAGAGUUGUGCAAAAAAAACCAUUUAUAACGUUACUCUGUAUAUUAUCAACCAUUAACAUGAAGAGCGUACGGGGGAG